CCGUUGCCGGCCCCGGCUGUCUCGCUGCCUUCGGGAUCGCGGCCGGGCCGAGCGGCAGCGCGGGCUGCGGGCGGCGGCGGCUGCAGUCCCAGCGCGCACCGCUGGGUGGUGCCGUCGGCCAAGGCGGCGCCGAGCGGCUGCGGCAGCGGAGGCGGCCGGGGCCGGAGCGGCACAGCCCGAGCAAGCUCAGACCAGAACCAGACCAGCCCUGCCCAGCUCAGCUCAGUACAGCUCAGUCCAGCCCAGCACAGCCGGGCGGAGGUGGCAGCGUCUGCGGCAGCGAGCGCUGCCCCGUGUCAUCCGCUGCCGGCACACCCCGGCUGCGUUCCGGAGCGCCGACCGGAAUCUGAGAGAGCGAGGGAAGGCGCCCGUCCCGCACUUCGCCGCUCUCCGCCCGCAAUCGCCCGGGACACCCGCCGCGACACCGACACCGACAGCGACACCGGCCGCCGCCGCCGCCGCCGCGCCAUGGCGCUCGCAAGGCAAGUGCUUUGUGUGUGUGCUUUGCUGGGGCUGCCGCUCGCUCGCGCCGAGCCCAUCCGCUACUCCGUAGCCGAGGAGGCGGAAAGCGGCUCCCUGGUAGGCGAGCUGGCCGAGGACGCGGGGCUGACGCCGGCGCAGCUCUCGGCUCGCCGCGCCCGCCUGGUCUCGGAGGACGGCCGCCAGCAUUUUCGCUUGGAGCGCGCCUCCGGCCGCCUCGUCGUGGCGGGGAGGCUGGACCGGGAGCAGCUGUGCGCCCAGUCCGACACCUGCAUGCUCCCCUUCGAGCUGCUGCUCUCCGACCCCCUGCAGUUCUUUCGGGUCGAGGUAGAUCUGGAGGAUAUCAAUGACCAUUCUCCCGUAUUUCCUAAUGGUGGAGUGACUUUUAAGAUCCUGGAGACAAGCGAGCCUGGGUCUCGUUUCCCACUGGAUGUUGCUCAGGACGUAGAUAUAGGCAGCAACACAGUUCAGGGCUACAACAUUUCUCCCCAGAACGAGUACUUUACUGUGUCCUAUGGGACAAGAAUUUCAGGCCAGAAGUAUCUUGAAUUGGUCUUGGAAAAGCCACUAGACAGAGAGGAGCAGGCAGAGAUGGGUUUCAGUGUUAUCGCCGUGGAUGGAGGCUCUCCUCCCAGAAGUGGGGCCACUGAAGUGAAAAUCGUCAUUAUAGAUGUAAAUGACAAUGCUCCCAUAUUCACAAAAGAGGUGUACAUUGCGAAGAUUUUAGAAAACACUCCAGAAGGCUCUGUGGUGCUGACUGUAUUGGCAACUGAUCAGGAUGCAGGAGUUAAUGGGGACACCUUCUAUGAAAUCAGCCAGGCAGUGGGCGAGAGCAAAUCUGCAUUUGUGAUUGAUCCAAUAACUGGUGAAAUUAAACUCACAAAAACUCUGGACUUUGAGGCAGCACAAAUGCAUGAGCUCAGUGUAACGGCCACAGAUGGUGGUGGCCUUUCAGCAAUCUGCAAGGUGUUGGUGGAGGUGGUGGAUGUGAAUGACAAUGCCCCAGAGCUGGUGGUCAGUUCCUUCAGCAGUCCCCUCCCCGAGAACACAGUGCCCGGCACGGUGGUUGCCCUGUUUACAGUCAGGGACCGGGAUUCUGGUGCCAACGGGAAGAUCUCCUGUGCUCUGCAGGAUCAGCUCUUCUUCUCCCUGCGGCCAGCCUACAAGAAUUACUAUGAGCUGGUGACAGUGAGCGCGCUGGACCGCGAGGAGACGCCUCAGCACAUCCUCAGUGUGACGGCAGCAGAUGCGGGCUCGCCUCCUCUCACCGCCACGCACACCUUCACCGUGGACAUCUCCGACGUCAAUGACAAUGCCCCCGUCUUCAACCAGACCUCCUACACCAUGUACGUGCGUGAGAACAACGUGGCCACGGUGUUUGUGGGAGCCGUGAGCGCUGCAGAUGCUGACGUGGGGCUGAAUGCCAAGGUGACCUAUUCCCUGGCAGCAGAGCAAGGGCCAGAGCGGGCCUGGUGCUCCUGCAUCUCGGUGAACUCGGAGAAGGGACACGUGUUUGUGCUGCGGCCCCUGGACUACGAGCGCUUGAGGCAGACCGAGGUGACAGUCAGUGCCUCUGACUCGGGCUCUCCUCCGCUGAGAGCCAACGUCACCGUGCGCCUGGUGGUGCUGGACGAGAACGACAACGCCCCGCUCGUGCUCUACCCGGCCCAGGAGAGCGGCCCGGCCUCCAGCGACCUGGUGCCCGUGUCGGCCGAGGCGGGCUACCUGAUCAGCAAAGUGGUGGCCGUCGAUGCCGACUCGGGACAGAACUCGUGGCUCUCCUACCACCUGCUCAGGGCCACCGACCCAGGCCUGUUUGCCGUGGGCCUGCAAAGCGGCGAGGUGCGUCUCAGGAGGCCGGUGACAGAGAGAGACAGCGUCAAGCAGAAGCUGGUGGUGCUGGUCAGAGACAACGGCAAGCCCCCGCUGUCAGCCACGGCAGCUCUCAGCGCUCUCCUGCUCAAGGACUUCUCCGACGUGCGCCUGCCACACAGCAGCCCGGCCAGCGAGGAUCAGGCCGCUGCCUCCCUGACCACCUAUUUAAUCAUUGCCUUGGUCUUUGUCUCCCUCCUCUUCCUCAUCUCCACGGCAGUGCUGCUGGCUCGCAAGGUGUGCAGGAGGAAGGAGCUGAAGGCUGGCCAUGUGCUCUAUGCUGCCGACACCUUGCAGAGCGGCCUGGCGGAUGCGGCCGCUGCAGGGACCCUGCCCCGCGCCUAUUGCUACGAGAUCAGCCUCACCACGGGCUCGGGCAACAGCGAGUUCAGAUUCCUCAAGCCCAUCCUGCCCAGCCUGCCCCCACAGCACUGCGCCGUGGGCCAGGGCUCCGAUGAGGAACAGGAUUUCCCCGGUGUCCCUGUCAGCAGCGAGGACAUGGCCCCAGACAAUGCUGGCGCUCUCUCUGCGGGACAGUUCAACGCUCUUUCCUUUGACUAGCUGGGGUCUGCACAGACUGACGCUUCAUGGAUCUUGGAAGUAGGGGAUCCAGGCGGGAGCAUGUUGCAAUGAUUCCUUAUAGAUAUUUUUAUUUUUCAUUGGUUUGGCCUGCUUCCUGUAAAUUCUCUUUGAAAUACUUGUCUACCACUACAAAAACCAAUAGCGAAUAUAAAAGACGCCAUGGUUCCCUCACUUUGUCUGUGCUAGGUUUCACCUUUGCUACUGACUUUUCUGACAGGCUUUAUGUAUGUGAUUCGCCCUCAAUUUAUGAUCAGCUUUUUCUUGCUCUCUGACAGGACAGACGAUCUUUUUUUUCUGAUCUUCAAGACUAUACAACUGUUACCAAAACUAGUCUUAUCCUCAGUAAAAUGCAAAAAUGAUUUUCUCACCUCUGGAAAUCAUGGAAUUUGUGUGUACUGUGUCACAAUGCCACGUGAGAUCUAGGCCCUUUUUGGCCUUGAUUCUGGAUUUCUUUUUCUGAGAUAUGAGCUCUGUCUGCAGAUAUUGAAUAUCUACAUAUGCUUCAGAAUUGCUGCCUGGGGAAGCAGGGAGUUGCUCCCACCCAGCCAUUAGAACAGGCAAUGAAUGCUCAACAGGGAAGGACGUGAUUCGGACACUUUCACAACACAUCAUCCUUAUCUAGCCAGAGUAGAGCUGCAAAAUGCACAACAUCUUCCUUUGGCUUAUAAGAAGGACGCGGGUGUUCAGUCAGGUCAAAAUUGCUUGGGAAAUAUAGGAGACAAAGAGUGUUAGGGUAGACUGCAGCUGUACAGACCUGUAGAAACAUGUUCAUUGUCACUGGAUGGAUUUAAGGAAAAAUCCAGAUAUACUGAAACAGAAGUUUUGCAAGAUACGGUUAAGAAGAGCUUAAAAAAAAAAAAAAAAUUGAGUUUAGCCUUCAAUUGUUUUUCAUGAAUCCCAAAGUUUCUUGAUGACAUUAGAAAGCUGUCCCCACGUGAUCUUUUGUGUUUGUGUCAGAGCAUCUACAUUGCCAUGUGCACACUUUCUGCCCUGAAAUGCACUGAGCACUGUACUGAGUGUGGUCAUCUAGAGAAGGACUGCCAACCCAUUUAGUUGUUUGAAAAAAGUCUGUGAUGCAUGAAAUAAUGAGAAAGCCUCCCUCAGGUGUAAUGUGCAGACGUUAUACAGCUUAAGGUUGUAAAUUUGUAUAACUCUGGGAUAAGAAACUGAAAAAUAUGUUAGAGUAAAAUAAAGUGAACACCUUUAAGUGGA